AGGAGGCUCAGCCUAUCGGAGAGAGGGAGAGGCGGGCUCACGCUUGCGCAGUCCAGCGGGCUAUAGGACGCAUGUGCAAAUCCAGGAAGACGCUUUGAGGAUGAACCCAUUAACCAAAGUGAAGCUGAUCAACAAACUGAAUGAGCGUGAAGCAGAGCUGGGAGUGCAGGAGAAGGUCUCCUGGCACGCCGAGUACAGUGACAGUGCCUGGGUAUUUGUGGGUGGAUUGCCAUAUGAACUGACCGAAGGGGACAUUAUCUGUGUAUUUUCACAGUAUGGAGAAAUUGUGAACAUAAACCUGGUGCGUGAUAAAAAGACAGGGAAAUCCAAAGGUUUCUGCUUCAUUUGCUAUGAAGAUCAGCGAAGCACUGUUCUUGCAGUUGAUAACUUGAAUGGGAUCAAGAUAAAAGGAAGGACAAUCCGUGUGGACCACGUGGCCAACUACCGGCCACCCAAAGAUUCCGAGGACACGGAUGAGAUUACGAAGGCUCUCCGAGAGAAAGGAUGCGGUAUUAAAACCCCUCCUCCAAGUUCAGCUGAACCCUCAGAAGAUGAGGAAGUGGAAGUAAAAAGGCACAAGAAAGAAAAAAAGAAAAAGAAGAAGAAAGAAAAGCGAGAGCAUCGGAAACAUCCGAAAGAGGAACCUGCUACAGGUGUGCUUUUCUCCAAAUCCAAGAUUAAAGUGGAAAAAGAGGACCCGGAUUAUGAACGCUAUGCUAGGACGAACCAGGAAACCUGGGGCAGCACAUCUGGGCACCGCCACCAGAGUAGGAUGUCCCAAGGACACGAGCUCAAAUAUGAGAGCGGGGCAGAGCGACCUCGAGAAAGAGGCUCAGAAAGGGACAGGCACGAGCGCAGAACGCCCUUCAGCGAGCACAAGAAAACAGAGGCCGUGAAAGAUAGACACUACUCAUCAGGAAGCAGAUCACGUGAUCGUUCAGAAAAUAGAGAGAAGCCUUCCUGGGAGAAAUCCUCAAAUCGUUAUUAACUCAACUGCUGUGGUCUCUCCUCGCACAUGACAGAAAGAGCUGCUGUAGGCUGUGUGGUCAGAGCACUGGCUGUGUGAAAUAGGCAGGGGGGACAAGCGCAAAAUUAAAAUUUGAAAACGCA